AUGGGUCACGGCCCUGACUUCUCCGUGGACCCGCCGAACGUAUGCGGCGAGGACGUGGAUCUCGAGAAGGGGAUGUCCAAGGCCGAGGCCGAGGCAUCUCAGGACUGGCUGGCGCGGGCAACCAGUCGGAAAGGCUACAACAUCUGGGUGGACAGGGAGUACGCGAUCUACAUCAAUACCAACAAUGCCAAGCACGAGCUGGAGAUCAGCGAGAUCAUGGGCUUCAACACGGGCGUGUACAUCAACGUCGCGAAGGAGGCUCUUGAGAGCAGUCCGGACGCCAUAAUCUGGCGUCUGACAUCUGAUACGCAGUACGUCGUGCACGUCAAACCCGACAAGUCCAAGGAGCUCAUCACAGUGGCCGGCCUGAUCUACCGCGCGUUCAAGGACCACGGGAUCCCGCAGAUCGAGGUCGAGUGCCAUACCGUGGAAGCCAAGACCAUCCUGGAGGAGGGAGUGCAGAAGACGAUGCCCUUCCGCUACAAACUCGAGCUCUCGGGGGACACGCACGGGUACGUACCAGAAUCUCUCAAGGCCGACGCUGACAUGACAUCCCUCAGCGUUGCUGAGGUUGGCUCUACGUUCAAGGGUAAGUUCGACAAACUCCCCACCUGGCCCGCCCUGCUCGCUUGGGAGGUCGAGAUUGACAAGACCCCCCCAGCCACCGUGCGCCCCCUGAAGCCGAAGCUGUGGUUUGCAGCCGCCUCGCAGCUGAAAGCUGACGAGCAGCUCGUCAAGUUGCAGUAG